CUUAUUUCCCUCUAUGCCUGUAUGGAGUGGGAAUUGCCUUCUGAAUCUUAAAUUCAUUACUGUAAUUUGUGUACCGUGCAUUGACUGAAACCAAUUUAAGUGGUAUUUUAGGAUAGAAUUUUAGUUCCUUCACUUUGUGUAGAUAGUGGGCCAUGGAGUUAAUGUUUCAUUUAUAGUAUUUAUUACAGAACUAUGAUGAUGUGGUUAUGAUUCAUGAUCUUUUCCUGGAUAAUGGCUGAUUUAAGACAUAUGAUAGUUUGAAAAGAAUGUUGAUGUUCUAUAGUAGCUAACCAUGACCACUGGUCCAAAUAUCCCAACAUAAAAAUGCCAUUGGCAUAAUUUUUCUUCCCUUAAAGAAAAACCAGAAUUACUCUUUUUCAAACCAGAAUUAGAUAUGCACAGUCACCUAAACCAACCACUUUGUCUUGCAAAUGAGGAAUCUGAGAUCCAGUGAAGCUGAUUAGAUUGAUGAAGAUCAGAAAGCUAUUAGUGUUAGAGCUAUAGCAGGGAUGCAGAACCUGCUUCCUCUUAUUUUGGGGCCAAUACUCUCAAAACUAUCCUGCCUUCCUAAAAUCGGAUAACCACUGCCAUUUCAUUUAUUCACAUCCUGAAAACUCUUUUUUCUUUUUCCUUGUGCAGUGUCUCCAUGCACCCCCACAAAGACAUCCUAGUCUCCUGUGGCGAGGACCGACUCUGGAAGGUGUUGGGCCUUCCAAAAGGCAAUGUGCUUCUCACGGGAUUUGGCCACACUGAUUGGCUUUCAGACUGCUGCUUCCAUCCAAGUGGCAACAAAUUGGCUACUUCAAGUGGUGACACUACAGUUAAAUUAUGGGAUCUAUGUAAAGGCGAUUGCAUUUUGACCUUUGAAGGACACAGUCACGCAGUAUGGUCCUGCACGUGGCACUCCUGCGGCAAUUUUGUGGCUUCCUCCUCACUGGAUAAAACUAGCAAAAUCUGGGAUGUUAAUAGUGAAAGAUGCAGAUGUACGCUGUAUGGACAUACAGAUUCUGUGAACAGCAUUGAGUUUUUUCCUUUCUCCAAUACUCUUCUCACAAGUUCCGCAGACAAGACCCUGUCUAUAUGGGAUGCAAGAACAGUAAGUAAAUCAUCCACUAUUUUCCCAGGUUUUGAUAAGUCUGAUUAUUCUUGGUAAUUCUUUGGGUAUGGAAUAUGACUUAAAAAGUGAUUGUGUAAGGGCAUUCGGGGCAAAAGAACAGUAAAAAGUUCAUAAUUACAAGAUCCUUUCUAUGCACUUGUAUCCAUUCUGCCUCCCAA